UGGCUCGCUCGUUCGACUCCCGUCGGCCAUCUCGGCGUGGUGGAGCUGGAGCUGCCCCAGGCCCAGAGCCUGGUGUACCUUAGACCAUGGAGCACGAGUUUAUGACACUCCCGGCACGGUGGCCGGCCAAUGUUGAGAAUGACGACGAUUAUGGCUCGAGCACCCAAGCCGUUAUUCCAGCGGCAACCCACGACAUCAGCCGCGUCAGCUACCAUGUCAAGCACAUUGACAGCUUUGCCCAAGCCCUCGAAGUGUCGGCAAGUCGAGCGUUUCCCACACGCGGUCACUCAACCCAGCGUUUCUCAAAGGUGCAGGCGCUCAUGCUCCACUGGGAAAUCGAUGAUCUAUUCGUGCUUCCCGAGCUUGAGGAUCUCGAAAAAUGUUUGCGAACCGAAUAUUGCUUCGAGACAGACAUCUUCUCCAUUCCGUCCGAAAACUCGCACCUGGAGCUGAUGCUCAAGAUCGCCGACAUGGUCAAGCAGCACGAGUCCGAGGACACUCUACUCGUCGUCUACUAUGGCGGACACGCCCGUAUUGACGAGGGGAGGCAAAGCACUUGGUGUGCGACCCGUCGACCUGGAUCACCGUGGCUGCAGUGGUCUGCCAUCCAGACUCUUCUAGAGAGGUCCAUAUCCGAUGUGCUAAUCCUGCUUGACUGCUGUGCCGGAGCUGCCAGUGCCACAUUCCCGACAGGACAGAGCAUGACUGAGACUAUCUCGGCAUCAAGUUGGGAUGCUAUUGCUCCCGACCCCGGCAGGUAUUCCUUUACGAAUGCACUGAUCGAGGUGAUGCACGAGUGGAGGAUGAAGGUCUUCUCUGCCGCUAUGCUUCAUGCAGAAGUUCUUGCCCGUCUAAAACAUCCCCGGCCUAUCCUUAUCAACGGGAAGCAGUUCGAGGCACGGACUACACCCGUCCACAUCAUGAUGACCUCGAACCACAAGACGCCAAGCAUCGAGCUCUGUCGCCUCGUUCCGCAAGCCCAACGCCUCCCUACUCUAAGGCCACAACUGAUGGGCGGGGGACUCCUACCUGCACAAUACGGCACUUCCGCCGGUGACCCGAUGAUGAUAGAGGGAAGAGGGCAGUAUGAUUCUUUUUCCAAUGCCCUGGUCCCCAGUGGGUCCGGACCUACUGAAAACGUACCCCAUGUCAUGCUCUCCUUGGCUCUCGAGGACGACCAGGAACUGGAUCUCAAUGACUGGGAGGAGUGGCUAGCCAAGUUCCCAGCCAUCGCCAAGUAUGCCAAAGUCCAGGGCGUAUUCAAGAGCCACUCGAACUUGAUCUUGCUCUCACUGCCAGUCAUGGUUUGGGAUCUCCUUCCCGAUGACCCCGCGUGUAAUUUCGUGGGGUUUAUUCGUUCCAACAACCUCCUUCAUACCAAAGAAAAGGGUCCGCCGAUAACAGUAGCGGAGGCUUCCGCCGCCGCCAAAGCCCUCAACCGGCAAUCGUCCCUCUCGCGAGACGACGAAUCGACAUUUUCCGGUACUACGUUUAACCCGACCGAAGACUCCAACACACUUAGACAAGCACUUGAUUCAGCCUGGCCGGGUCUCAAUAGAGACCUGUCUAUUGCUACCGUUCAACAGCAAGAACAACCCGACCCGUGGUUGCCUCUCCAUUCAGAAGCCUCAUCGGGUAGUCGGUCAGAAUACCCGUUCUCUGGCCCGGCAACCACGACAGGUCCUAGUUCGCGGCCUGUCGCUCAUGAAGCGACCUCCGUCCCAGCCAGCCUAAGGAAUGUAGGGUCUACUACGUCGCUGGGUAUGCUUCAGCGACAACAAAGUGCGCCUCCGACACUUCCAGGAUCAGUCGACAAUGAUUCCUCAAUUCCUGGUGAACCCAUAACGAGAACCAUGAUAAUCAACCAGUCCCGGAAUUCCAAAAAGUCGGCCUUCACUUCCAAUCAAAGCAUCCCGGAGGGCCCACAUUUUGCACAUCAUGUCAUCAAGCGUCUGGAGGAAUACUUCCAGAAGGAGCGGGAGCCUAACAUGGCUGUUACUGAAUUCCUUGCCUCGAAUCUUGGCGUUGAAAGCUCAGAUAUCCAUAUCUGGUUCCAUAACCGUCGACAGCAGGAGAGGACAACGUUCCAGUUCAAGAAUCUGAAGCUCGACAACCACCAACCUGAGGUCCGCAAAGACGGACCUCGCAUGAUUCUUCCUGGCCAUUUGAACACACUCCUUGAAAUUUACCCAUCAAAAAGCGUCCUUAUCGUUGAUUUACGGUCUUCGGUAGACUUUGAGAAAUCGCACAUUCACGACGCUGUCAACCUACGCGCGCCUGUCAGCUUUAUUCAGAAUGCCACGCUCGAGAUGAUUGAAGACACGCUAGUGGACGCUCAAAGCCGACACAGCUUCAGCAAGUGGGCCCAAUCAAAAUGCGUUGUCUUCUACGACAGGGUUGUCGAGUUUGACUGGGAAUGCCCUGUUGCCGAAGCUUUGUACGAGAAGCUGAAGAGAAAGCGGUGGACGGGACAGUGUUUUGUUCUCAAAGGACACUACCGAGAGUUUUCGGCCUCGUUUGACAAGUACAUCAGUGGGUCUAAAAUGAGCAAGGAGGCCAAGGAAUACUUGGACAGCCUCCGGCAGCAAGCGACCCCAACGCUAGAUGAACUGAACCGAAAAGACCAACGGUACAACGAGUGGCUCGAGUCGUUCUCGAGCCGGGACGGUGUGCCCGUGUUGGGACUGAUCCCGGCCAAGAAACUCGAGCGAAGAAGAGCAGUCGAACAGCAUCAGAAGGACCUCGAAAUUCAGUUCAAGGGUCCUUUUGCCGCUCUCUACAAGAAAUCACAAGCCAUGCGGCCUCGCUCGCCGUCGCCGCCACCACCCGGAUCUCCUCCUCCUCCGUUUAGGAGUACCCCCAUGGAGGCAUGGGAGGGGGGCAAGACAUUCAAGGAUGUAAACUGGAAAAACAAGGACGACAACUUUGACCGAAAAGCGGCCCUCGUGGAGCCAUUGGCCAGCGGCCUCGACAAGAUCCGAGAGGCAGGCCUGUCAUCGGGCGCCGGAAGCCCCGGUUCGCAGGAUCGCUAUACUCGAGGCCACAGCAAUGACAACAGUUACCUGGAUAAGCUUGACCCGAGCUCGGACGACUACGAUGAGAUUGACCCCAAGAGUGAAGGCCUGGGGAACGACCCAGUCUUUCAAAAGGCAGGCGCGACGAAGGCUCAACCAGAAGCAGCCGGCGCGGACGACGAUCUUAAGAAAGGACGCAAGCGUCCGCUCUGGGGCCGAAUCCGAACCUCUGGGAAGUAAAGUGUACAUACGAAUGUUAUGAGAAAUGGGUUGGAGCAUCAGCUGGGAUUUGAUUACAGACUUGUUGAGCAAGUUUGACUUUGUUUGCAUUGUCAGCGUAUUUCUGGUCAUGGGCGGAACUUGGAGUUGCUAUAUCACGGCUACAUUUUGCCUCUGGUGGCAGGAAAAACACGAGGACUAGAGACGUGCAUUUUUAGAUGCCCCAUCGUUUGGAUGCUCAUCGAUUUGGAUGUUUGUGUUUCCAUUC